CUUUCUGAGCAGAUAAUUGGCCUUAAAUAGCUGACCAUCAGAGUAUUUUCUACCCCUAACUAAACCAGCAUAAUGACCACCUCUAGUAGGACGAAUUCUGCUACAUCCAGGGUAAACUCCUUGGUCAAAAUAUUUGAUCCGAGUGCUUUACAAAACCAGGGGCUUGCUAAUGAAGUGGAAACCACCCAAAUUCUUUUUGCUGCAAGCAAACAUGUCAGCUCCUCUGAAAGUUUUAACACCUUGGAUGUGAAGUUUGCCUCCCUUGAUCAGAAAAUAGAUAAGUUGUUGACUGUGCAGGACAAUGUCCUUCAGACGCUAAACAGCGUUUCCCAGGAAAUGUGUUGCAUUGAAAAAUAUAUUGAGGUGUUAAAGGCAAAAGCAACUGAACCUGGACCCACCACAGAAACAAGUGAAAAGCUAAAUAAGUCUGAAAUGAAGGCGUUGUGCAUAGAAAUGACCAAUACCCUUUCUGACAUGAACAAGAGUGCAGAGCAGCAAGCUAAAAGAUUAGAUGGAAUGGAACAAAUAGUGCUGGGGUUACAGGAGCUUAUAGGGUAUGUGGCUGAGAAGUUUAAAAUGUGUAAAAUCACUGAUUUAAUUCUCAAAAACAAAGCUCCUCCUAAGCUUGUCAAGGUUGGCAGUUACUUAAAGAAAUAUAAGGUUGGAAACAAUUUCAGAGUGCAGACUUUCUCAGACAAAAGGAAUACGGGCACGUCCAGCAACAGAAACAAAAAGGCCAUCGGGGAUCAGAAAGAAAUGGAGAAGUCAUGUUUAAGUGCAAAGGGAACAAAGUCUAUAAAAAAGAAGAAACCACCCGAUUCCACAGAGGGAGCCAACCAAGAAAACCAGUCCUGCCCUCACAAAGAAACGGUCCAUAUGCUCAAUAAGGAAAAUACUAAAAAGGCAAGUGCUUUUUUGAUUCAAAAGAGUUCUCCCAAAUCUCAAGGGCCAAAGGACAAGGGAGAGGAUUUAACUUUGAAAAGCCAGAAGGAACACCCAAACAGCUCUGUUCUAACAUCCUUCAGUACAAGAAAGAGCCAAGGAGCAGAGGUUGCUGUUGAUGACAAUAGCCAAAGGAUAACAGGGCAAGAUGAAAAGAAGGAAAAUGAAUCCCUGGAAGGUGUGAAGAGGGCUGGUGGACAGCAAGUGCCUGAAGAAGAAAGGCAAGAGGAGGAAGAAGAAGAAGAUGAUGCUGGUCACUGUAGAGAAGAGGAGGAAGAAUCAGCAACUGCAUCUCAAAAUGAACAUGAGGCAGAGGAUGAUGAGCAUCCAGCAGAAAGCCAGAGACAAGAUGCACGGCUUCAAAGGUGUAAAGGCAGUGAAAAAGGCACAGGAAGCAAACCAGCAGGGACGUUCUCCCAGAACCCUGAGCAGACCUGCCAGCUUGAGCAUAGAGGCAGCAGUAAGCGUCGAGUGAAUGAUGAAGGUCUAAUCAAAGCUGACAACAAAAAGAGCAGGGUAGACGCAGAGAGUGCUGGUGACAAAUGUAAACGUAAAGAGGCCAUUAAACCAAAUACUCCACAAGACAAACCAAAGGCAGCUGAUUCCACUGGUACAGAGAGUGAUAAUCAAGCAGAGGCAUCUAUAGAAGAUUUGGUGACUGUAAUUGACGAUUGCCCUGCUCCUCCAGCGCCAUUUGAUCACCGGAUUGUUUCAGCAAAAAAGGGAGUGGUCAACAGUUAUUAUGAAGUCAACCGGAAUGAAGUUCUGGGAGGAGGGCGAUUUGGUCAAGUGCACAAAUGUGAAGAAAAAGCAACAGGUCUCAAGUUAGCAGCAAAAAUUAUAAAAGCCAGAGGUGCUAAAGAAAAGGAAGAAGUAAAGAAUGAAAUCAAUGUCAUGAACCAGUUGAACCACACAAAUCUUAUCCAGCUGUAUGAUGCCUUUGAAUCCAAAAAUGACAUUGUUCUGGUCAUGGAAUACGUGGAUGGAGGAGAAUUAUUUGACCGAAUUAUUGAUGAUAACUACAAUUUAACAGAGAUGGAUACCAUCUUGUUCACAAAACAGAUCUGUCAAGGGAUUCAAUACAUGCAUCAGAUGUACAUUCUUCAUUUAGACCUGAAGCCUGAGAAUAUCCUGUGUGUGAAUCGAACUGCUUAUCAAAUAAAAAUUAUUGAUUUUGGAUUGGCAAGAAGAUAUAAACCCAGAGAAAAACUUAAAGUGAACUUUGGCACUCCGGAAUUCCUCGCUCCUGAAGUUGUGAACUAUGACUUUGUCUCCUUUCCCACGGACAUGUGGAGUGUAGGAGUCAUUGCCUACAUGCUGCUCAGUGGAUUGUCUCCUUUUCUGGGUGAUGAUGACAAUGAGACUCUCAACAAUAUCCUGGCUUGUAGCUGGGAUUUCGAAAAUGAGGAAUUUCAAGAUGUUUCUGAAGAAGCCAAAGACUUCCUCUCAAAGCUUCUAAUCAAGGAAAAAAGCUGGAGAAUGAGUGCAACUUCAGCCUUAAAACAUCCUUGGUUAUCAGACCACAAACUCCAUUGCGGACUACACAAGCAGAGGAAGGCUAAGUGCCACUCAAAGUCUCAAGCACCCGUGGCUCAAUGACCUUUCCAAGAAAGCUGCCAAAUGGAAGACAAGCUGCUGUGUUGUUACUGCUGGUAAGAGAUUUGGAGAUAUCAGCAGUUCUGGUGCUUUGACCUUGUGAUGACUUGAGGCUUUUACUAAGUGGACCAACACCACGUUAGCUGCAGGAAAAGUCCAGCAUUAUUGAGUUACUUUUUUUUGCUUCCGCUUUCAAAAGAGGAAAAUAGCUGCUGCAGUUCACAGGAAGGUGUCUCUGCCAGAACAGCGUGUAAUUUCUGUCUGAGAUUGCUACGCUAGUUUGAGUUCACAAUAUUAUCUGUCUUGUCUUUGCUUUCUUGAUUUAGUUAGUGAGAGAUUUUUGGGGUUUAAAUAGCAUUGGCUCUUUCUCAUCUCAGCCCUGCCAGCAGAAGAUCUCUGCAUUACAACAGUACUUGGAGUUCUAUUUGAGAUUGAAACCUCAAAUUGCUUUUAAAAAACAGUUGGUGGCACAUUUAAAACUGAUUAUUCUCUAACAGUGGUGUCAACAAGGACUAACCCCACUAAAGUUAAAGAAGCUACACCAGUGUGUUAACAAUCUCACAGACAAGCUCUCAGUGUACCUAGGAUGCCUUUAGACUAGAGUAUGCUGCAUACAGGACUGCCUUUGGUGUUUCCUAGCAUAUCACAUUGGUACUGUUUUAAAUUCAGUUGGGUUAAUAACAUACAAGAGGAUAUUUUGUUAUUAGGACAUCCAGAUUCUCAUCUCUAGUGUAAAUACAGAAUUAAGCCCUUGACUUCAGUAGAGAACAACUUCAAAUCAGUUACUUUGGAUUUAUGCCAAUGUAACUGGCUAACUCCGUUGUUGGCACUGGAUUUAUGUUUAUGCAAAACUAGUUUAUGAGAGGAGAAUCGGCCCCCUAAUCCUCAUAACCCAGUGUGUCCUGUUUGCUUCUAGGAAAUGGCUUAUUUAAAAACUCGCCAAAAAAAAAAUCAAAAUAUUUUCUAUUGCUUCUCCAGAUUCCAAACUGUUCUGAUACAUGGCUAGAAGAGGGGACUGGGAGUCAGGCUACCUAUACUCCAUUCCCAACACUUUGUGACCAUGGGCUAGUCUUCUAAACAGCCUGAGACUCAGUUGUUCCAUCUGUAAAAUGCAGAUAAUGACACUUACCUUUGUAUAGUGCUUUUUGUAUUAAAGAUUAGAUAAAUCCAAAGUAUCAUUAUUAUUUUACUUUACUAUGCUGACAUAUUGUUGCGGCUUUGGAUUUUUUUUAUUUUGACUAAUCAGUUUGUAAUUAAGCAACAUGUCAACACAGCCCAGUAUAUUUUUCUUGAAAUAAUGGCAUAUCUUGUUACAAGGCAGAAGGGUAAAGGCCAACUCAAUUUAACAUUAGAAUGGCAAUAAUUCCCACAUAAUGACUGUCAUAUCUUUGCCCUUAUGAAGUGAUAUUUGUAUAUCAAAUUUCAAGGAAAGAGUCAGAUGAAUACAUUUAUUGGACAGCAUGCAUGUGACUUCCUUGACAGUCAAUUACAGAAAUCCAAUUUUGUCCAGAGUUCAAAAGGUAUUUAAUAGAUAGGUAGAUAGAUAGAUGCUCUUAAUGAAAGCUAGUGUAUACAUGCAUACAUAUAGCAACAUUACUACCACAGUACACUAAAGGAAGAACCAAGAAAGCAUAGAAAACACUGUCCCAUUUUGACUGCUCCUACCUCCUGUUUAAAAUUUUAGGGCCAAAUCUUUAGGCCCAAUUAAAGGAUUAGAAAGCAUAUCUUAUACUUACAGUGAUAGUGUCUAGAGCUCAAUCUGUUUAGCUUAAAAAGGUUAGUGGGUCACUUGAUUACAGUCUGUAAGUAUCUAUAUAGG